AUGACAUCCACUAUCAUCUAUCGUCGUCAGUCUAUGGCGACUCUCUACGACAAACUUCGUGCUCAAGACGGGGAAGAUCAUAUGGCUUGGCUUGCCGAAGUUACCGCCGAGUUCGACACUGAAGAAAUUUUUGUUCCUUCUGUCCCAAGUCCACCUUCGGUUAUCUCAUCUGGUUCAUCUUCAGCAUCUUCAAGUUCACCUCAAAACUCAACAACUUCUCUGGACUCUAAUGAUCAAUUCGGAGGCGAAUCCGACUCCGGCUCUGAGUCGGACUCGGGGAUCGAACUCAUUGAUAAUCCAGAUGGGAUUCUCUUUCAGUGUUAUGACCCUAUCCAAUACAACCCCUCAGACUUUCUGGACCACAAUCUCCAUCCAAUUGCGGAUCUUCCUUAUAUUCCUCCCGUCGAGCUCAACUGUAACCCUCCACUCAACUUUGAGUGCGACGCAGAGUCCCAAAACGCGCUUACCAUGGAACCCACUCCCCCAUCUUCCUUUAUUCCUCAACCCGCAUUCUCUACAGUAAACAACUCCCUACCAUUUAUGACGCGCUCUACUCGUUCCUUCCUCAAGCGUAACGAUUUUGUUGCACCCCACGAUUUGGAGGAGGAUGCUGACGGGCAGAGUGAUGCUGACGAGACGGAUGAUGAAUAUAUUCCAUCAUCUUCGCGUAAUCUGAAAAAGCGUCGUCGCUCCACGCGUCAUUCCAGCGUGUCUUCCCAUGUCCCCACCUAUACCACGACCCAAUACAUAUCACCUCCCGCAAAACGACUUCGCCCUUCCCCCCUUCCACGAAACGCGCAAGCCAUCCCUGGUAGUACUCCUAGCUUUGCAAACAAAUCCAACCCUUGGGCGUGUCCCUAUUGCAAGUGGGUUCAGCGCAAUCAUCGUACUCCUGACCUUAAACGACAUAUCCGCACGCAUACGCGUUUCGAGAGACCUGCACAGUGGGUCUGCUGUGGUAUACCCACUGAGUCGGCUGCAAUGUACAACGUCCCGCACGACGCGACUCCCUACAUUCACAACGGCAAACAAAUGAUUGGAGGAUGCGGGAAGGAGUUCAGCAGGCGGGACGCGCUCAAGCGUCAUCUGGGCAAUGACCAUAUCUCUUGUGUGGGAGAUAUCGACGCGUUUGCUAACGUUUACGACGAUUAA